AUGUCGGCUGGCAACUCCGGCCUCCGUCGGCGCAAGCCCGCCGUCCGUGCCAAACCCUACGGUGUCCUUCACCCUCGUCAGAGCCCUGGCGCCAGUGAAUCGGGCGGCGGCGGCGGAACGACUGAAGCUCCACCGCCGACAUCAGAGGCGCCACCACCGGCAACGUCCGAACCCCCUCCCGCCUCAACCCCACCGCCAUCCACUCCUACCACUACUCCGGACCCUCCCCCUUCCUCCAACCCUCCUCCCGCGACUUCGAACCCCCCAGCCUCCACCACCGCCGAACCGCCCACUACCGAGCAGCCGCCGCCCACGACUGUCCAGCCCCCGACGUCCGACCCCCCUCCCCCUACCUCCCAGGCCCCGCCUACUACUCAAGCUCCUCCCACCACCGCCGCUCCGCCUACGAAUCCUGCCCCUGGCACCACGGCCAACCCCGACCCUACCCAGAACCCUGGGUCCUCUAAUAAUGGUGGUACUACCGUCCAGUCUACACUUGUUGUGACGGUUGACCCGACCCCGUCGGCGGUCCUGCCUGGUGAAACCGUCACCAACGCUCCUCCGCCGCAGCAGUCCACGUCCACGGUCAUUGUUCCUGGGCCCGAUCAGACGCAGCCGCAGCAGUCGACGCGCAUAACCUGGGUAUCAGACCCGAACCCUCCGGGCUUGCUUACGAGCGCACCCGAAACGACUGCGACAUCGGCAGUGAAGAUUACCACCACAGAUUCCAAGGGCAACGUCUACACGACAAUCCCCGCGUCCUUCACCUCGACAGGUGUUGUCACUUCGGGCGGCGCCGUGUUCACGGUCACACGUGUUGUACACAACCCGUCAGGCGCCCUAGAUGCUGGUUCGUUGUCAGGCGGGUCGUCUUCCUUCUUCAACAACAAGGGCGCGGUUGCGGGCGUGUUCGUCAUUGUUGGUCUUGCGGUCGUAACUAUCCUUGCGGCACUCGGAUUCAUCUUCUUCCGGAAACGCCGUCGUCAGCGUCUCGACCGCGAGGUAACCGCUGCUGCUGUCGCUGCUUCGGCCGCGGCGGGUCGCUCCCCGCUGGACGAGGAAGGUGACAUUGCGUCGUCCCACCCGACGUCCGAGUCGUACCCCUCGACCAUGUCUGCGCCAAUGCAGCAGUACAACACGUACGCGACCACCUACGGCAACGGUGGCGGUUAUGACCCAUUCGCGCUCCAGAGCGACGGUGGUGCCCAUGCGACUGGAGCCGUGGGCGGUGCUGCCGGUGCUGCUGCCGGUGCUGCUGCGUACGGCGCGUAUGCGACCGACUUCUCGGAUGGCCGUUACCACGACGCUCCAGACGGCCGGUACGGCGAUGACGGACCGUUCCACGACGCAAACGAGUAUGUCAGCGACGGCCAACACCAUGGCUACGACGGCAUGGAACAGGGCGCCCAGGGCUAUUACUACGACCCUUACUAUGACGAGGACGUUACAGGCGGCCAUGGCAAUCAGCCGUACCCACAGCACAACUACAACGAGGACCUGUACGGCACGUACUCUGGCGGCGAAGAGAGCAUCGGCACUCCGACCCACGAACGUACCGACCCUUUACACGUUGCGAACCCGACCCACCCUCCGCCGCCGAGGCAGUGA